AUGCCUAAUUAUGUGAAGGUCAUGAAAGAUGUUCUUACAAGGAAAAGAAGGUUGGGUGAGUUUGAAAUUGUGGCUCUAACCAAGGAGUGUAGUGCCUUUUUGCAAGACAAGUUACCUCCAAAGUUAAAGGAUCCUGGGAGUUUCACUAUUCCAUGUACUAUUGGAAACAUUUAUUGUGGGAUGACUUUAUGUAAUUUAGGCGCAAGCGUUAAUUUGAUGCCAAUGUCUAUUUUCAAGCAAUUGGGGAUUGGUGAAGUUAGGCAUACUACAGUUACUCUUCAACUUGCAGAUAGAUCUCUUGCUCAUCCAGAUGGGAAGAUUGAAGAUGUGUUGGUGAGGGUAGACAGAUUCAUAUUCCCUACUGAUUUUAUUGUGCUAGAUUAUGAGGCGGAUAGAGAGGUGCAUAUUACCUUGGGGAGGCCAUUUCUUGCAACAGGAAGAACUUUGAUAGAUGUGUAG